UGUAACUAAUUAAAAAGGAACAAUCAAAUUCCUCCAGCGCACAAUAUACAAAACCAACAAUAGUGUGUGUAAAUCCAGCUAAUUUUCUCAAGCUUUCAAUAAGCUUUAAUCAGUUUUUUUUUUUUUUUUUUGGCUUAAAAGCUUUAAUUAGUGGAAGUUAAAAACGUGAAAUACUGACAAGUUUCCAAGUAUUAAAAAGUUAGGUGGUAUUGUCACAAGAAUAAAUGUUGGGUGGUCAUAUUGGCAAUUUAAUGCUUUCUAAUUUUAUGAUAUUCGCAUUAACCUUGCUUUGCAGUUUGUUCAUAUAAAAACACUGAAGUUAAUUUCAGAAACAAUUUCCUUAAUCAUGUUAAAGAGGAAAAACAAGAAACAUUUCCGAUUUCCUUUUUAACUUGCUAACAUUAUUAAGCUGGGCCACGAUUUACCCACUUCAAUUAAAUUUGCUUAAGUAGUGUGUGCUGCAGUGUGCAUAUAAACAAGUGCAGUUCCUUCUGCUAGCAAAGUAACCAUCACAGAAGUGUAUCUUAAUCAAACGCCUUACUCAAAUGCCUUCCAUAAAUUUAUUUGAAGAUUCCUUUCCCGGGUUGGCGUCUCAUGGACCAACUCGUUCGGCUUCAAAAACUCUCUUUACCAUCUUUUGCCUUCUCAUCCUCCAUUACUUGCUGUUCAAGAAACGUUAUGUCCGGUUGCUUAGGAACUUGCCGGUUCUCCGCAUGCUCCCCGGUCUGCUCAUGACGCUCCACCGGGUACAUGACUUCACCGUCAAGAUUCUUGAAUUCUCCGGCAUGACCUUUCUUUUCAAGGGACCGCCGUUCGCUGGCAUGGAUAUGCUGCUCACGGCUGAUCCAGACAACAUUCAUCAUAUAAUGAGCUCAAACUUCUCAAACUACAUCAAAGGACCGGGGUUGCAAGAGAUUUUCGACGUGUACGGAGACGGGAUAUUCACCACUGAUUCAGAGAUGUGGAAGAACCUGAGAAAGUCUAGUCAAGCCAUGCUCCAUCACCAAGAGUUUCAAAGGUUUUCAGUGAGUACCAUGACGAGUAAACUCAAGUGUGGGCUUGUUCCUCUUCUCAAUCAUUUUGCUGUGGAAGGAACAGCUGUGGACUUGCAAGAUGUGUUUGGAAGACUCACUUUCGAUACAACGUUAAUCCUUAUAACCGGUUCUGAUCCUAGUAGUCUCUCUAUUGAGAUGCAUGAGGAUGAAUUAGCUAAGGCUCUCGACGAUACUGGAAAAGGGAUUUUGAGUAGGCAUGUUAAGCCUAGGUUCUUGUGGAAGAUGCAGAACUGGAUGGGUUUGGGACAAGAGAAGAAGAUGAGUCAAGCUAACGCAACUUUUGACCGUGUGUGCUCCAAAUACAUAUCAGCCAAGAGAGAAGAGAUCACCAAAUCACAAGGGCUUCUUGAUAUGACCAAUGGAGAAGGUGAGGAUCUCUUAACUUCCUUGAUGAAGCUGGAUACAACAAAGUACAAGCUCUUGAAUCCGAGUGAUGAUAAGUUCCUUAGAGACACUAUCUUAACCUUCAUUAUAGCGGGGAGAGACACAAUCGCCUUCACUCUCUCUUGGUUCUUCUGGCUUCUCUCUGAAAAUCCACAUGUGGUAGCCAAGAUUCGUCAAGAGAUCAUCGACACUGAUCUACCAAGAACAGGGAAUGGCCAAGAGAAUCUGGACAAGUUGGUGUAUUUACAAGGUGCCUUGUUUGAAGCAAUGAGACUCUAUCCACCAGUUUCCUUCGGGCGCAAGUCUCCUGUCAAAUCAGAUGUGCUUCCAAGUGGGCAUAAGGUCGAUGCGAACUCUAAGAUUAUUAUAUGUCUUUAUGCGCUGGGGAGGAUGAGAGCGGUUUGGGGGAAAGACGCAUUCAAAUUCAAGCCAGAGAGAUGGAUUGCUGAGAAUGGAGGUCUAAGACAUGAGCCUUCCUCCAAGUUUAUAGCGUUUAACUCUGGUCCAAGAACUUGUCUAGGUAAGCAUUUAGCUAUCACUCAGAUGAAGAUGGUGGUCGUGGAGAUAUUACAAAAGUAUGACGUUGAGGUUAUCAAAGGGCAGAAGAUUGAGCCAGUUCUUGGUUUUAUGUUGUCGAUGAAGCAUGGACUUAAAGUCAAAGUUGCUAAGAGACGUUCAACUUGAAUUAAUGAUGUAAGAGUUAAAUCACUGCUAAUGUGUUGCAAUAUAUUAUCAAUAACG